AUGGCAUCCCAGGCAAACAGCGCCGAUGCCGCUCUCGAGCGCAUGGGAUACAAGAAUGAACUGCCACGAAACCUGAGCAUGCUGAGUGUUCUUGGCUUGUCAUUCGCAAUCAUGGCGGCCCCCUUCGGACUCAGCACCACUCUUUACAUCACCCUCGUAGACGGCCAAUCCGUCACCAUCAUCUGGGGCUGGGUGCUCGUCACUCUCAUCUCAAUCGCAAUUGCUGCCUCCCUGGCCGAAAUUUGUGCCGUAUACCCAACAGCCGGCGGCGUCUACUACUGGAGCGCAAUGCUCUCGACCCGGAAAUGGGCACCGAUCAUGUCAUUUAUCGACGGCUGGCUGACGCUCGUCGGCAAUUGGACCGUGACGCUGAGUAUCAAUUUCUCGGGCGGCCAGCUUAUUCUCAGUGCCAUUUCGCUGUGGAAUGAGGACUAUGUGCCUACGCAGUAUCAGACGAUUCUGAUGUUUUGGGCGGUUAUGCUGGUCUGCGCGCUGGUGAACAUAUUUGCGUCAAGUGUGGUGAUUAUUCUGGUUACACUUUUGACUAUGGCUGAUGACCGUCGAUCGGGCGAGUUUGUGUUUGGGCAUUACGAUGCGUCGUCAAGUGGAUGGCCAAAUGGAUGGGCAUUCUUCGUCGGUCUUCUACAAGCAGCCUACACCCUGACUGGAUAUGGCAUGGUGGCAGCCAUGUGCGAGGAAGUGCAAAAUCCUCAUCUCGAAGUGCCACGAGCAAUUGUUCUGUCCGUCGUGGCCGCUGGAGUCACAGGACUGAUCUACUUGAUCCCGAUCUUGUUCACGCUACCACCUGUCGAUGUCCUCCUCGCAGUUGCCAACGGCCAGCCCAUCGGAUUACUCUUCAAGACCGUCACGGGCUCUGCUGGAGGCGGCUUCGGUCUUUUGUUUUUGAUUCUUGGAAUCAUGCUCUUUGCAGGCAUCGGUGCACUCACCGCAGCCAGUCGCUGCACCUACGCAUUUGCUCGCGACGGUGCAAUCCCAGGGUUCAGCGCUUGGCAAAAAGUCAACAAAUCUCUUGACGUGCCUGUAAAUGCGAUUAUCCUGAGUGCAGUCGUGGACUGUCUGCUGGGAUUAAUCUAUUUCGGCUCCAGCGCGGCAUUCAACUCUUUUACAGGCGUGGCGACAAUCUGCCUUUCGACUUCGUACGGUGUCCCCAUUUUGAUCAACGUGCUACGCGGCCGUCGAGCUGUGAAGCACUCCUCUUUCUCCCUCGGCCGAUUCGGGUACGCCAUUAACAUCACCACGAUAGUCUGGAUUGUCCUUGCCGUUGUGCUGUUCUGCAUGCCUGUAUCGCUACCCGUGACGCCCUCGACGAUGAAUUAUGCCUCUGUAGUGUUUGCGGGGUUUGCGACGAUUAGUGUCAUUUGGUACUUUGCGUAUGCGCGCAGACAUUUCACGGGACCGCCGGUUAUGGCGGAUUUGGUGGAUGAGAUUGGUUCUGAUAGUACGGGGGUUGGGGUUGUUGCUGGAAAAGCGGUGGUUGAUACGGAGGGUGGUGGGACAGAGAAAGUUGAUAAAAAUUGA